CCUCGGCGUAUGGCGCCUGGGUGUACGGACGCUCUUCCCUGCGCAGCCCUGCAGGACCCUGUGCGAAUGCCGUAGCCGGCUCGGGGAAGAUGAUGGUACUUACGCAUGCUGCACUGCGGAAGGAUGGAAAGCCAAAAUGGCGUUAUCCAGCCGUACGGACACUCCGCACGGCAGCGCACGCGUGACCCCUGCGGGGCUGGUACGGAGCAAAAUGGCGGCGCCCAGCUAUCCGGCAGUGCCACCUGUACGGGACUGAACCGAGAUACGGGCCACGGGUCCGCCGAGGCCAUGGAGGGGCUGCCAGCAGUGGCACUGACGGCGGUGCUGAAGCCCAGUGAGGCGCUGCCCCCUGAGAGCUUACCUGUGCGUGGCUACGAUUUUGACCAUGGCCUUGACCACCACGCCCUGCUCCGCUCCUUCCUCACCACAGGCUUCCAAGCCACCAGCUUUGGGCAAGCUGUGCGUGAGAUCCACCGCAUGAUCGAUGCCAAGCUGGAGCCACUGGGGGAGGUAGCAGACGAGGAGAACCAUGCAGACCUGAACCCCUGUCAGCGCCCACCCACGGGCUGCACCAUCUUCCUGGGUUACACAUCUAACCUCAUCAGCUCUGGGAUCCGUGAAACCAUACGCUACCUGGUGCAGCACAACAUGGUGGACGUGCUGGUGACAACGGCAGGGGGCGUGGAGGAGGACCUCAUCAAGUGCCUGGCGCCCACCUACAUCGGGGACUUCAGCCUGCGUGGGAAAGAGCUUCGACAGAGCGGGAUCAACAGGAUUGGGAACCUGCUGGUACCCAAUGACAACUACUGCAAGUUUGAGGACUGGCUCAUGCCCAUCCUGGAUCAGAUGGUGGCUGAACAAGACACUGAGAGCGUCAAGUGGACGCCAUCCAAGAUGAUCGCGCGGCUCGGCAAGGAGAUCAACAACCCUGAGUCGGUCUAUUACUGGGCCCAGAAGAACAACAUCCCGGUGCUGAGCCCGGCACUGACAGAUGGCUCACUGGGAGACAUGAUCUUCUUCCACUCCUACAAGAAGCCAGGGCUGGUGCUGGACAUCGUGGAAGACCUACGGCUCAUUAAUACCCAGGCUAUGUUCGCCAAGAAGACGGGGAUGAUCAUUCUGGGUGGGGGCCUGGUCAAACAUCACAUUGCCAAUGCCAACCUCAUGCGCAACGGUGCUGACUUCUCGGUCUAUGUGAACACGGCGCAGGAGUUUGACGGCUCUGACUCAGGUGCCCGUCCUGAUGAAGCUGUCUCUUGGGGCAAGAUCCGCACGGAUGCCAAGCCAGUCAAGGUCUACGCUGACGCCUCCCUGGUCUUCCCGCUGCUGGUGGCAGAGACCUUUGUGCCCAGAGCCAGCACCUUCACUUCUGACAAGCAGCAUGACUGAGCCCUGCUAGGACUGGGCCCUGCCCUGCCCAGCUUUUGGGGGGACAGGAGCCCAGAGUUAGAGGCUGACCCCCACCCCAAACUACCAGGCAGUGUUUGGGUUCAGCCUAUCUGCUAGGAUUCCUGGGUGCCCAUCCUGGCUCUGCCCCAAGAGCCCCGUGUGCUGGCACUGCAGAGCAGGGGGAUUACCACUUGCCUGCCCUGCCCUCCCCCUGCCCUCUUUUCCCCACAUACUCAGGUCUCAUAGCUUCCCCUAAGCCUUUUUAUUUAUAUCUUAGGCUAGGCUCCAACCAGCAGCUCAGCACCCCCCACUCCACCUCCAAGUCCCAGAGGUCCAGGCCCCUCAUCCCCCCCCAGUGUUUCAAGAGAAUACAAAUGCAAGGAGGAAGGGGUUAAAUCAUGGAUUCCUGACCCCUUCCCUGUGAAAAUGCUCUGGGUGAGGGGAAGGGGGUAGCUCCUUGCAUGGCCCCUGGUCUGUACCACCCACCUGGGAGACCCCCAAUAAACCAACAUGUUCAUCUGC